AUGCGAUCAAAACUCCUCAACAAGUUCGGCAUUUCACACACCAUCAACACCAUUGUCGGAAACUCUUUCGUAAGGGGUGUAUCUGGUGGUGAGCGCAAGCGUGUGUCCCUGGCUGAAGUCUUGACGACGAACCCAGCAGUCGCUUGUUUCGACAACCCAUCUCGUGGUCUGGAUUCUUCUUCUGCCCUCGCCUUCUGUCGCCUACUCAAGGACAUGUCGAGAGAGACCGGAAUGGCCAACAUUGUCACCAUGUAUCAAACAUCACAGUCCAUCUACGAUCAGUGCUUCGACCGCGUGCUUGUACUAUACAAGGGCAGAAUGAUCUUUUCCGGAAGAGCAGCUGCUGCACGUCAAUACUUCAUUGAUCUUGGUUAUCACUGCGAACCUAGACAAACUACUCCUGACUUCUUGACUGCUGUCACAUCCGUGACCGAGAGAACUGUUCGUAGCGAUCAUGUCGGUCCCGUCCCUUCUACAUCCGACGAGUUCGCACUGGCCUUCAGAGAAAGCACAUUCUAUGUCGAGAUGCAACAGGAUAUUGCAGCUUACCGAGCUGAGCACGCUUCAAAUGCAUUUUACGUCAACGACUUCAAGACCGAAGUUCAGAGGGUUCGUGCAUCUGGCGUUCCCAAGACAGCGGCAGAGCCACACUCGCUCCCCCAACAGAUUGUCACUGCCAUGAAACGUCACUACCAACUCACCUGGGGUGAUCGCAACACGCUCUAUACCCUUCUCCUACUGAACGCCAUCAAUGCUGUCAUCACUGGUUCUGCUUUCUACAUGGCUCCCAAGACUGCGACUGGUUCUUACGAGCGUGGUGGUGCUAUCUUCUUCUCUCUAAUCUACUUCUUCCUCAACGCGCUCGCCGAGACUCCCGCCACUGUGCUUUCUCGUUCGAUCGUUGUUAAACAGAGAAAGCUUGGUCUGUCUCACCCAUCUGCUUAUGUCCUGGCACAAACUGUCGCGGACCUCCCCAUCUCCAUGUUCCAAGCUUUGGUCUUUUCUUGCUGUUACUACUUCAUGCUCGGUCUAGGCAAGACAGCGUCUCAAUUCUUCAUCUUCUCCCUCAUCGUCUGGGUCCACUACGGUGCCACCAGUGCUCUGUUCCGUAUGAUCGGUGCCAUCGCUCCCAACCUCAAUCUCGCACUGUUGAUGGCUGGAUCCGCCAUUCCAGUCUGUCUUACAUACUCUGGUUUUGCCCCUCCAUGGCCAACUUUGCACAAGUGGGGUAGCUGGAUUCGCCGUAUCUCACCUUCACCUUGGGCUCUGGAGGCCUUGAUGGGCAAUGAGUUCUACGACAUUACACUUUCUUGCACCGAUGCUCAGAUGGUUCCUAGCGGUCCUGGCUACAACAACCUCGCCAAUCAGGGCUGCACACUGCCCGGUAGUGUCAAGGGUAGUCCGGACGUUCCUGGUUCAACUUAUCUCGCUUUGACAUACGACAUGUACAGAUCCAAUCUCUGGAGAAACUUCGGUAUCAUCAUUGCCAUGUGGGCCAUCUACACCAUCAUUGCAGCCGUUGGUCUUGCCUAUACUGCUCGUGAGCAGGGUGGCGCUAGUGGUCAUGUCUUCAAACGUGGUGCUCACACCGAAACUAUGCCCAGCACUGCCAACUCCAGCGGCAUGACAGUUGAUGAGCAGGAUCUGGAGAAACAGCCUAGCCGUACCGUUAACGACUUGGCUCUGGAUCCCGUAUCUUCUGCCUCCUCAGCCACCCGCAUCGACGACGAUGACACCAACCACGGAAGACCCGACGACAGUGGAUCCUCUUUCACCUUCGAGAAUGUCAACUACUACGUCAACGUGGCAGGUGGUGAAAAGCAGCUGCUCCAGAACGUUUCCGCCUAUGCUCGUCCAGGCCAACUUACUGCCCUGAUGGGCGCUUCUGGUGCUGGCAAGACUACUCUUUUGGACACUAUCAGUCAGAGAAAGAACGAAGGCCGCGUUGAAGGUGCUAUGAGACUGAACGGCCAUCCUCUUGAUACUACUUUUGGAAGAUCUUGCGGUUUUGCCAUGCAGCAAGACGUUCAUGAGCCAUUCUCUACCGUCAGAGAAGCCCUGCAAUUCUCUGCUGAGCUUCGUCAACCUGCUGAUGUUCCCCAUGCCGAGAAGAUGGAGUACUGCGAGUAUAUCAUCAAGCUGCUCGAACUAGGCCCUAUUGCCGAUGCUCUCAUUGGUACACCUGGUGAGGGUGGUCUCGGAGUCGAAGAGCGAAAGCGUGUCACCAUCGCAGUUGAACUCGCUGCUAAACCAAGCUCACUCCUUUUCCUCGAUGAACCUACCAGUGGACUCGAUUCGCAAGCUGCUUAUAGUAUCGUUUUCUUCCUGCAAAGAAUUGCUCGCGAAGGCAUCCCUAUCAUCUGUACCAUCCAUCAACCUUCCGGUGUGCUCUUCGAAAUGUUCGACCACGUUCUGCUUCUUGCACCUGGUGGCCGCACUAUCUACUUCGGUGAGACUGGCAAGAACUCUGGAAAGGUCGUCGAAUACUUCGAUCGCUACGGUGCUCACAUGAACGAAUCCGAGAACCCUGCUGAAUUCAUCAUCUCAACUGUCUCUGGAGCCGACAACUCCGCUGUCUGGCACGAUAACUGGCUUCAAUCUCCCGAGAAGGCACGCGUCCAGCAGACUAUCGACAUAAUCAACGAAAAAACAUCCGUUGCUGCCCAGUCGGGUCCCACCAACAAGGGUGAGUUCGCUAUGCCUCUCUGGCCUCAGAUCAAGGCUGUCACCAAGCGUCACUGGAUCUCAGUCUGGCGUGAUGGCAGCUACAACUUCAGUCGCUUCUUCAAAUUCCUGUGGUGUGAACUUUUCACUGCGUUUACCUACUUCAUGAUCAAGACCGACAUUCAAGGCCUGCAAAAUAACGUUCUCAACCUCCUCAUCAUUGUCCAAAUUAUCCCUGCUGUUGCUCCUGACCUCCAAUCUAUGUGGUUCAGCAAGUGGGCUACAUUCGAAGCUCGCGAGAGAAACGGCAUCUACUCCUGGAAGGCUUUGACAACUGCCAUGCUCUCUGUCGAGGUGCCUUACAUGGUUGUUGGCUUCACCCUGAUCUAUUUCUGCAUGUACUGGACGGUCGGUUACUCUUCCGAGACCACCAUCGCAGGCUACGAGUAUCUCCAGUUCGUUACCCUUGGCAUCUUCGCUAUGUCGUGGAACUUUUGCUCAGUUGUCUGUUCUCCAACAUGCAGACUUGUGGUCUCGCAUCUGCUCUCUUCUGGAACAUCCUCAUGA